AUGCACAACAGCAACAUCUCGAAGAUACUCGGCGCCAAGUGGAAGGCCAUGUCGGCCGACCAGAAACAGCCGUACUACGAGGAGCAGUCGCGGCUGAGUCGUCAGCACAUGGAGGAGCAUCCCGAGUACAGAUACAGGCCACGACCGAAGCGUACAUGCAUUGUUGACGGUCGAAAGUUGCGCAUUUCUGAGUACAAAGAGCUGAUGCGCUCCAGACGAGGUUCUGAGUCCCGAUCGGCCAGUCUCAGCCUGGCGUCAGGGCACAACAGCACUCGGUCCCCAGGCCCAGUCUGCUCGGGAAUGGAGGAGCCAGGCGCACCCGGGACCCAGUCCAGGACGGCUUGGUACAUGCCCUCCGACCCACAGACGCAGAAGCUGGUUGAAUGCAUUCUGGGUAAGCGAAAUCGAGCCGCAUCAAUUGCCAGGUUCAUUUGGUACCAUGAUUGGAUAUUCCAUUUCGUAUAA